AUGAAAUCUUAUACUGAGAAAUUCACUCACGAUCUCUGAGAUUCUGGCUUCCCUAGUAAAGUGCUGGCAAUCCCUCAAAAGUAUUCCGACGAUCUUCUUGAUGUUGAAAGAUACUGCCACUGAAAUAUCAAACCUAUGGAAAUAGGCCAUAGUUUGGGGAACUCUUCGAUCAAUGAUAAAUAUCUUAUUCAUGAGAUUGAAGAAGUGUAUCCUACUCUUAAUGAAAUGGCUACAGUUACUAAUAUGAGUCCUGAGUUUAGAAAUUAUCACAAUUUCAAGACUCCUGAGCUAUUUCAAAAUUGAAAGUUUACUAGGAAUCCAUUUGGUGCUGUCGACGGAGGCAUGGACUUCAAUCAAGCUUUAUUCUCUCAAUCUUCACAAGCUCCAGCCUCUGGAAUUGACAGUAUGACUGUGCUAGAUGCUGACAACCAAGGCAUCGAGUUAGAUGGUCAGCAGCUAGGCAAGAGACUCUCUAAUUUGACAAAAAGCAAAUUGAAUAUGAAGCUGCUUCAAGACUAUAACUGUUCAAUCCAAAAGCGCAAGAAUCCAAAGGGAGGUAUCACCACAGUCUACAUUUGCAAUUACGGAGCCUGAAACAAAGAGUUCACUAGAUCAUGGAGUAUUAUUGACCACGUCAGGAUGCACGAAGGAGUCAGGCCUUACAAAUGCAAAUUCUGAGACAAAUCUUACACUCAGAAAGGCAACAUGCUUAAGCACAUGAAGAGACACACAGAUCCAAGCGUUAACGAUCGUAGGAGCUACGAGUGCCAGUUCUGAAGCAAAAAGUACACAGAGAAGUACAACCUGAAGACGCACCAAAAGAAGUUCCACCCUUUUGAAAUACAGCAAUUUGACCCUCAGAACAGUCUUAACUAA